AUGGUACUCCAUAAAGCCAUAGCUGCUGCUCGUGUUGGGGAUCUAGAUACUCUAAAGCAGCUGUUCACAAAUGGGAAUUUGACAGCAGCCAUUGUUGAUGCCCACGGAGCCGGACCAGUUCACCAUGCGGCACGUUGUGGCCAGCUACACUGCCUGCGCUUCUUGGUGGUUGAAGCAGGACUGUUGGCUAAUGUCAAGGCUCUGAACGGUGCUACACCUGUCCAUGAUGCUGCUGCUACAGGCCACACACGAGAGCUACAGUGGCUGGUGCAGUAUGCCGGAUGCAGUGUGCAGGAGCAGGAUGAUGCAGGAACCACUACACUCCAUCUUGCAGCACGGUUUGGAAGGAUUGAGGUUGUUGGUUGGCUGCUGGCCUCUGGGGGCAGAGCUGAGGGGGAAACUAACUGUGGUGCCAUCCCUGCUCACUAUGCUGCUGCCAGGGGCGAACUUACCUGUCUGAAACUUUUGAUAGGAAAAGCUCCAGAAUGUGCGAAUCGUCAGACUUUCAUGGGAGCAACACCGCUCUACCUGGCCUGUCAGGAGGGCCAUCUGCAUGUGGUGGAGUAUCUUGUGAAGGACUGUGGUGCUGAUGUUAAUCUCAGAGCUCAGGAUGGCAUGACACCUCUGCAUGCCGCUGCUCACAUGGGUCACUAUCCUCUAGUUGUUUGGCUGGCCUCGUUUACGGACAUCAGCUUGUCGAGCCAGGAUAACGAAGGUGCCAGCGCUUUGCAUUUUGCUGCCAGUGGGGGGCAUUGUCGAAUCCUGGAGAGGCUGCUUCGCACUGGAUCAAAGGUCAUCAAAGAUGACUGGGGUGGCACUCCUUUACAUGAUGCAGCAGAGAAUGGGGAGAUGGAGUGCUGCAAGAUACUUCUGAGUCAUGGGGUCAGCCCUUCAGAAAGAGAUGUCGACGGCUUCACUGCAGCAGAUCUGGCUGAAUACAAUGGCCAUUAUGAGUGUGCCAGAUACCUGCGCUCAGUGGAGACAGACCCCCGUGGUGCCGUUCAACUUCUAAAGGAGAGUGAUUCUUUGAAAGCCGAGCUGAGGGAGAGGCCAGUGGUGUCACGGAAACCCAGUUCGGGAGACUACUACAAAAAGAUCAGUGAACUCGAACAAGAGAUGGAAAGGCUUAAGCAGACUGAGACUAAAGAUACCCCUGAAGCUUCAUCUGCUCUCCCUCUUUCUUCUUCCCCUUUCCCUCAUCUUUUAUCAUCUAAAAAGACUUUGACCAGCAGUGUUCUGCACAGCCAAAUAGCCAGCACGGUGAUGAAGAACUUAAACUCCAGUAAACCGGUUCCAGAGAAAGGGAGAAAGCUUUUGGGAACGAUGAAACUUGGAGAUAUGAAAUCAAUCAACUCACUGAGAAAAUCUGGAUUAUCGGAGAGAUUGACUCCUGCUAAUAGGAUGGUGGUGUUACCAACAGAGGAAGCUAACCUAUCUGAUAUUGACUACCUGGUGCCAACCCUUGAUGAGAAGGGCAGGCCUAUAGCUGAAUGGAAGAGACAAGUGAUGGUGAGGCAGCUGCAGGCUAGACUGCUGAAUGAUGAAGCCCAGAGAAGGAAGGAGAAUGGAAACAGAUAUGCCAAGAUGGACAGCUGGAGAUAUUCUCAAGCACACAAUGCUAUACUGGGACCAUUUGGAGAGAUGCUAACUGAAGAUGAUCUCAUCUACCUGGAGAAGCAGAUCAAAAGUGUCUCAAUGCAAAAAAACUGCAAGGGCUAUGAGAUGGAGCUGGCUCGCCUUGUCGAGGAACUCCGAAACAUUCUUCCAGCGCCCAUUGUCAACAUAACAGUCAAUACUCAGUACAGAAACUCUAAUACACAGGUUAAACUGCCUUUGUGGUGUAAUCGGAUAUCUGGCAUUGUCAUGAGCAUGUCGCUACUUAUGACUAACUUGACUGAUGAGUCUACUUCCAAAAUGCCUAACUCUGAACUUGUUACUGUGUUCUCUGAAAGCCUUGAGAGGCAAAAUUCAUCCCGGGGACGUAGGGCAGAAAUUGAAAAUGAGAUUCUUGAAUUUGGAGUGUCUGUGAGCAAUCUGAAGUCCAACUUUGAGAAUAACUGUCCACCAGUUCCUGAGGAUUCAGAGAGUACAGAACUGUGUGUGCAAGAGGAAAAAGCACCUGAGAGUGCCUUAAUAAGACCCUCAGACAAUGAUGAGCCAGCAGAAGUGGAGCAAAAUGAUUCAGGCAGGGACAAUGAAGAAUUAACCAAUGUUAUGGAAAGCACUAGCCUACGCAAGGAGCGUAUUGUCGUCCUCUUCCUGGGUCACUGGAAGAGGUCUGCUUAUGCUGUAACUCUCAAAAAUGCCCAGAGGAAGCUCAGCCUGGACAGUGUUGAGAUGCCAGAAAAGAGCCAAGUUCACCGCAAAUCCAGUUUGGAUAUCUCACCAAAAAAGAUGAUAGAGCAAGGCUCUUUGGGACAAUUUCUUAAGCAACGAAGCACCAUCAACAAAAUGAUUGGCAACUGGAGAAGCAUGAUCUCAAUUGUUCCAUCACGGCAAAUCCGGAGGCUUAAUCGUCAGCAGGCACUUUACUCACCUGAGCAGUUCCUGCCCCGCAUGAAUGGAGCAGCGUUUGAAUAUGACUCUCUGACACUUGAUCUUUUCAUGCUAGGCUACUUUCACAUCCUUGAACAGGACCUUUCAGCUGAUGAGAGAAAGAUGAGGCACCUGCUGUGCUUCGAGGUGUUUGACCAUUUGGGUCAUUAUAGCUGGGAGACAGUGCGGGAUUUCCACAAGGCUGUCAUCCAAGACAUUGAGGCUGGAAAUAGGGAAUGGAAGGAUGGGUUUGAGGAUAUUAAGAUUAAGUUCUUUAGCGAGGUGCCUCCACAGGUGAAAAGCCUAGAAAAGAGCCCACAAGCAGAGAUAAGACCAGUGCCUAAAGUAAUUAUCCAGACUCCAACACCUGAUGAAAAUGAUACCAUUAUGAGAAGUGCAGACUUUACCAGCUUGACCAAUGAAGAGAUCUGCAAGUACAUUGACAGGAGUUUUGCCUUUUGGAAAGAAAAAGAGGCUGAGAUUUUUGACUUUGAGUAAUACAGAAACAUUGGAAAUAUUGUCUAUAUUUUACGACAAUUUUUAGAUAUAGCCAUUCCCUGCCCAUUUAGCUCAAUUUCAUGUCAGAUACUUGCUGCCUGUUCUAUUCUAUAUAAAGAUACAGACAAUUGGCUGGCAGUUUUGUGAUCAACAAGAGAGUAAUGAUGUCAUGCCUACAGUACCAAGAGCAGGGCCAGUUUAGCUGUGUACACCUCACAGCCAUCGAGUGUUUUGCCUAAUUGGAAUUUGAACUCAUAUUCCCAAAUAAGUUGCCCUACUUGUCAACUAAGCACACAUUGCUAUUUAACUAGCCAGAAAAUGUUAGGUUUUUUCUGCCUUGUUGAAAUUUUGUUAUUUGACUACAUUUUUUUUACAAUGGUGUAAAAUUAAUCAUAAAGAUCUAUGUUAGUUUGAAUCAUAAUUUAGGUUUGCUGUGUACAACUUUAAAAUACCCUUGUAAACGUUUUUCUGCUGACAGCUUUCACAGUGAAUGAGGUGCAAUAAUAAACCAUUUGAUAAUUUA